CUGCGGCGGCGGCAACGGUCUCAGACAACCCCGAACAUGGCCAACCGGACGGUGAAGGAUGCCAAGAACGUGCACGGUACGAACCCACAGUAUUUGAUCGAGAAAAUCAUCCGCUCCCGAAUCUACGACUCGAAGUACUGGAAGGAACAAUGCUUCGCCCUAACCGCGGAGCUGCUCGUCGACAAAGCGAUGGAACUGCGGUUCGUCGGUGGCGUGUUCGGGGGCAACAUCAAGCCGACGCCGUUCCUGUGUCUCACGCUGAAGAUGCUACAGAUUCAGCCCGAGAAGGACAUUGUGGUGGAGUUUAUCAAGAACGAGGAGUUCAAGUACGUGCGCGCCCUCGGAGCGUUCUAUCUGCGGCUCACCGGGUCGUCGCUCGAUUGCUACAAGUACCUGGAACCGCUGUACAACGACAACCGCAAGCUGCGCAAACAGAACCGGAUGGGCGCGUACGAGCUGAUUCACAUGGACGAGUUCAUCGACGAGUUGCUGCGUGACGAGCGCGUCUGUGACAUCAUACUGCCCCGCAUCCAAAAGCGCUACGUGCUCGAGGAAACCAACGACCUGGAACCGAAAGUGUCGGCCCUCGAGGACGAUCUGGACGAGGAGAUGCCCAGCGAGGAUGAGGCCGCCGACGAUGUACCUGCGCCGCCCCUGGCCAAGGAGAAAAAGCUGGAGGUGAUCAAAGUGAAGGGCACCAAAGGUGGCGGCCGCGGUGAUCGGUCGCUUUCGCGCGAAAGGCCACCCAUCGAUUCGCGGUACCGUGGUGGUGGUGGUGGUGGUGGCGGUGACCACGGAGCUAACUAUCGCGAUCGCGAGAAGGAUCGCGAUCGAGAUGGACGGGAUCGAGGUGGGCGGGGUGGCGAUCGCGAGCGGUACCGAGCGGACGGUGACCGUGGUGGCGGAAUCCGGGACAGAAGAGAUCUCUACGCAGCUGAUCGUGAUCGAGGCUUCAAAGAGCGUGACAUUCGGGAACGAGAACGUGAACGACAUCGGCGCCACGAGCGACAGGAAGAGCGUGAGCGAGAGCGACGCCGGGACCGUGAUCGUGAUUUCGAAGAUCGCCCACGAGGUGGCUACGAACGGGAACGUGAAUACGAGCGCGAUCGCCGGAGGCGGUAAACGCAGUGCGAUCGAAACAGAUAGUUUUAUAACCUUGACGUGUAUUUAACGCGAGAAAUACAUUGUAAUAAACGGCACACAGU